AUGUCUAAGCUCGCAGAUCACUCUAACAAGACCCUCGAGACCUAUGGAUGGACUUCCGUUCCGCAUGAUCAAUCGCUUCUUCUCAAAAACAUCAAUCCGUGGAAUCCUGCGACGUAUGAUGUAGCCGAGAUUCGGUUACCUGACACCGAGCUUGCAAAGAAGGUGACAGAAUAUGCGAGAGAGCGACUACCGGAGCACGUAUACAAUCACUCUAUGCGAGUAUACCUUUACGGUCAGCACUCCUGCGCCGCCAUCGCUCAAAAGCACCUACCAUCAUUUUUACCAAGUCUAGAGACCUACUACUUGACAAGUCUGCUCCACGACAUCGGCACUACCCCAGAAAACCUCCAUGCGACUCUUCUAUCGUUCGAGUUCUACGGAGGAUACCUCGCACUAAACAUACUACAGGAGUAUGGCGCAUCUAACGAGCAAGCGGAGAGUGUAGUCGAAGCAAUAAUUCGACAUCAGGACCUGGGUGAUGUCGGUACAAUCACGACCGUCGGGCAAUUGAUCCAACUUGCCACUCUUUUCGAUAACGCCGGCAAGAACCCUACUCUCAUAAGCAAAUACACCAUCGAGUCAGUUGUUGCUACCUAUCCGCGCAAUCAAUGGUCCAGUUGCUUCGCGCACACCAUUAAGGAGGAGUUAGCAUUGAAACCGUGGGCGCACUCCUCAGCGAUUCCCAAGUUUGCCGAGACCGUGGCGGGGAACAAAUUGAUGGAGCCAUGGGAUAGGACUCCGUAA